UCAAAGGUGCCUCCGUUACACAAGGCAACAUUUCCAUUACAAAUUUCAACAAACGUGUUGAACAUUUUGGAAUCAGAGUCAGAAAAUUUUGGUCGUCAAAAUUUUACAUUCUGUAAAUUUACAGAGUUGAAUAAACGGUCAGAGUUAACGAUACCUGCCUUGCAUAAGUAAAUAUGCGAGUUCAUUCAACAUGACAGACAAAUUGCGAAGUAACAGCGACACAAAUUGCCACCGUCGUCUGGCCGGGACCGACUCGUGGGAGGACCUGAGCCGCGAGCUGCGCCACUCGCUCAACCGCUUCAGCUCGCCAUCCUUCCUGCACUCGCCGCCCAGUCCGCCGGAGCAGGCGCCGCCGUCGCCGCCGCCGCCGCCGCGCCACCAGUCGGCUGUCGUGCUCGGCACGCCCUUCGGCCGAGACAUCUGCGUCGGGCCCGACGACACGACCGCCGCGCCGCCGACGCCGCAGCUUCCCAACCCGCCGGCGGAGGCGCCCUGCGGCGGGCCGGAGUACGAGCACGACCGUCCCACCGCGCCGUACGACGCCUGGGACAAGGCGCUGCCCGCUCGGAUCGAGGUGCGCUACAUCCCCAUGUCGCUGCAGUGGUUCCAGGGCCGCUUCCACGACCGGACGCAGAUGGUGGGCAGCUUCAAGAAGGACUGCCGCUCGUGGCUGUGGAAGAACCGGCCGGCCGACUUCAAGGCGUUCACCGGCGAUGUGGUCGAGUCGGCGACGGUGGUGGAGCUGACGCCGUCGGCCCAUCUUCUGCCGUCCAUCACCGAGCACCAUCCCCCCAGCUAUGUCUGUGACGCCGACCUCGAUAUACCCAGCGAGUGAUAGAAAGGCGAGCUGGAUAUUACAGAGUGAGGAGGCAGGCGAGCUGGAUAAAACGGCGAGUGCGAUAGUUAGUGGUACCUCAGCAAGUGUCGAGUCGGCGGCCUGCAUAGUGGAUAUCCUAGUGAGACAGCCAGUAUCCCGGACAACCCCAGCGCGUCAGUCGGUGACCUGGACAUCCUGCCCAGUGAGACACUGAGACAGGUGACUUGGACGUCCACUGCACGCUCAUAUGCGAGAUCCAUGUCAGAGGCACGCUAGCUGCUUUUCCUUCUGUCGCAUAGAACUUGCUAUUCAUAUUCUUUGUGACUUGUCUGAUAACCAAUGUAUUUCAAUCUUGUUAUCGUACAUCAACGUUGCAUUCUUAUUUCUUAAUGAAGGUUGACUCAAUCA